AAUUAACAAAACAGAAUAUGUUAAACUUUAAUAGAUAAAGAACACAAUACCAACAACUUAUUUGUUUAUUGGCAUCAAAUUUUUUGAGUGAUAUUCAUGUCCUUAUUAAAAAAAAGUAUAAACCUAAAUUCCCGUAAAGUAAAAGCACAAAUAUAUUGAAAUAUUAACUCUAAACUGAAUCAUAAUUUACCCACUUUCUUAAAAAAAUAAAAUUAUAAAAAACACAACAAAUUGAGUACUAACAAGAUUAGAAAAGGUUGGGUUGGAUCUUAUAUAUGGAAAAGCAUCCACUGAAUAGAACAAGAAAACCAAAUUUAAUAUAAUUUAGACUUUAACUAAACAAACUUGCAAUUAAUCAGAUCCCCACAAAGUUUGUAACUUCUUCUGUUUUUCAUUAUAUGAAUGUUUUUAAGAAUCUUUUGAAAACUUUAAUAUCCCCAAACAUUUGAUUGUCACGCAGACGCAAAAUUAAAGAUUGUUCACUAACUCAUGGGUUAUGUUUCCAUUAAAUUAAGGGAUCAACCUUGUUGUUUGAUUAUUCUCUAUCAUUUAACGGAAACAUUGAAUUAAGUUUAGCAAUUUUCAUGCAUAAGAGACUUAAAUAUAAAAGUUAUGGAAAAUGUUGAAGAAAUAAGACGAAACUAUAAGCAUAAAAUAAUUUUAAUGUAACAAAAAAUGAAUCUUUAGGUAGAUUUAUUAACUUCAAAUAACAACAAACUAUCUAAAAAUUUUAAUUUGUUAAACUAUAAUAAAUAAAAUACUAAAUAAACUAAUCUUGAAUUAAAAACAUGACAUUUAAUUAUUAACAACAAAUUUUCAUCACACUAGAUUUAAAAUUUUCUUUCUAUUUAUCCCAACCACACCAAAUAAAAAACCAUCUUAAAUCCAUUAAUUCUAUAGAUGUCAAUAGUAGGGAUUAUUAGUGUAAUUUUAUAUUUAUUGAUAUUGUUUUAAAUAUAAUAUAUAUCCUCAAAUAAUGUUUUAAUCCAACUAUGUCCAUUAAAUCCUAAUAUAGAUAAGUUAAACUAUUUAUAUAUAGCAUUGAGAGGUCCCUACUCUCAUCUUGUGAUUUACACAUCUCUUUAGUUCUCACAGAUAUCAAAAGAUUAAUAUAAAGACAUAUAUACUUUACUCGUGCCAGGUAUGAGAUUUUCAAAUAAGUUCACAUUAUUCAUCUCUAACAUCAUGCUAUAAUAUGUGUCUAUUUUUAUGAUGUUUAGAAUUAUAGUUUAUCAAUUUCAUCAUAACAUUGAUUAUAUAUAUAUAUAUAUAUAUUUCUGAGAAAAUUAAAAUUGCAUAUUUAUAUAAGUAUACAUUGUUUUGUCUUAUUAUUUAAUACUAAAAAACAUAACCUAUUAUUUAAGCGGACCGGUGCUACUACAUAGAUGGCAAGGAAGGCAAUUAAAAGACGUGGCCAUAAAAUUGUCCUCCUUUUAAAAAAAAUAUAAAUACAAGGUUAAAAAAUAACAAAUAAUUUAGAUAGUUCCAAAUGGUUGCAUUAUCUAUAAAAAAAAAUCUACUUAAAAAUAAAUGUCCGGGAGUCUUAGGAGGUCAAUCAAAUCACACGGAUUAUAAAAAUGUAAACCUAUUUUUAAAAAAUAACAAAUAAUUUAGAGAGCUCCAAAUGGUAAUAUUAUCUAUAAAAAUCUAGAAAAAAAAUAGGUGACUAGGAAGUCAACUAAAACAUAUUGGUUACAUCAAUUUUCCUCUUUUAAACAUAUAGGCAUACUAUUAGAAAACUAACAAAUAAUUCAGAGAAUUCCAAGUGGUCAUAUUAUCUAUAAAAUAAAGCAGGGGACAAUGAAGUCAGUUUAAGAAAUUAAUUAUAUAAAUUUCCCCUCUUUUACAAUAUAAAUCUGUUUUUAAAAAAUAACAAAUAAUUUAUAGAAUUCUUAUCAUCCAUAAAGUCAAGCAAAUAACAUUAUCUUCAUUUAUUUUUUAAUCCCUAAAUUAAAUAAUUCACUAAAAUAUCUCAAUUAAAUCAUUGAUUCUCUAUCAUUAGCAAACAACCAAAACUAGACAAUGCACCACCAAACCUACUCACUAUUAAUACUCUCUCAUUAGCAUUUCAUCAAACACUUGCAUUCAAUCCUCUAAAAGCAUUUCAUCAAACACUUGGCUUUCACUUUUGAGAACCAUUCAUUCAAUUUGAAUUUGAUUCUCAAAAGCAUUUUAUCUAACAAUUUUCUUUCAAAUCAUAUCAUAAAAAAACUAACCAUAUUUUGAAAUCUUAUAACAAUAAUAUAAAGCACAUACCUUGUUUUUUUGGCUGCAAUUUUCUCAGAGGCAUUUCAUCAAACACCAUGGCAGCGAUGCUGAAGCUCUUCAUCGUCAUCGUCCUGCAGCUCACCAUCUCCUGCAACUCCGAGCAACUCCCCAUCAACGUGUGGCCAAUCCCAACCUCCGUCUCAUGGCCAUCACCCAUGGCCGCUACCAUCUCCCCGGCGUUCCGAAUCUUCGCCCCUUUCACCAACAAGCACCUCCGCGUCGCUGUGAGGCGACACGCACGCCUCCUCUUCUCGGAGCACUACCACCCCAUCGUCCCCCCAUCUCUUCCCGUCUCCCCCAUCCCUCUCCUCUCCCUCACCCUCCACAUCACCGACAUCCACGCCCCUCUCCAUCACGGCGUUGACGAAUCCUACUCCCUCACCAUCUCCUCCACCAACGGCGUCGCUAAUCUCUCCUCCACCACCGUCUGGGGUGCCAUCCGCGGCCUCGAGUCCUUCUCCCAGCUCUCCUGGGGAAGCCCACCGUUGAUCGCCACCGAUCUCUACAUCCACGACCGACCGUUGUUCCCUCACCGUGGCCUCAUGCUCGACACAUCAAGGAACUACUACUCCGUGAAGGACAUCAUGCGCACCAUCGCCACCAUGGGUGCGAACAAGCUCAACGUUUUCCACUGGCACAUCACGGACUCCCACUCCUUCCCGCUGGUGCUCCCGUCGGAGCCCAACCUCGCGGCCGCCGGAUCGUACGGCCCCGACAUGCAGUACUCGCCGGAGGAUGUGAAGAAGAUCGUGGACUUCGCGAUGAGUUAUGGCGUCCGUAUCGUGCCUGAGUUCGAUACCCCUGGGCACUCUCUCUCCUGGGCCGGAGCGUACCCGGAAAUAGUCACGUGCGCGAACAAGUUCUGGCUCCCAAACGGGCUUAACGACUGGGCCCAUCGUCUCGCCGCGGAGCCCGGCACGGGCCAGCUCAACCCUCUCCACCCUCGCACGUACGAAGUCCUCCACAACGUCUUCCGCGACUCUGCUUCCCUUUUCCCAGAUCCCUUCUUCCACUCCGGCGCCGACGAGCUCACCCCAUUUUGCUGGUCCUCCGAUCCCUCGAUCCAAUCCUUCCUCUCCUCCGGCCAUAACUUAUCCCAACUCCUCCAGCGCUUCAUCUCCGACACCCACCCUUUCCUCAUCUCCCUCAACCGCACCGUCGUCUAUUGGGAGGACAUCCUUCUGGAUCCCACCAUCCAAGUCCCAUCUUCCCUUAUCCCUCCAUCCACCACCAUCCUCCAGACCUGGAACAACGGGAUCAACAACACCAAGCAGCUCGUCGGCGCUGGAUACCGCGUCAUCGUCUCGUCCUCGGAUUUCUACUACUUGGAUUGCGGGCAUGGGGAUUUUGUAGGGAAUGACAGCGCUUAUGAUGUGGUGAGUGAUUUGAAGACGAAUGGGGAGUCAUGGUGUGGUCCGUUCAAGACUUGGGAGAGGAUCUAUGAUUAUAAUAUUGUGGAGGGGUUGAAGGAGAAGGAGAAGGAGUUGGUGAUCGGAGGAGAGGUGGUGCUGUUUUCGGAGCAGGCGGAUGGGACGGUGCUGGAUGGGAGGGUGUGGCCAAGGACAGCAGCGUUGGCGGAGGCGAUGUGGAGUGGGAAUAGGGAUGAGAAGGGGAGGAGGAGGACGGGCAUGGUGACGGAUCGAUUGAUGGAUUGGAGGUAUAGGAUGGUGGGAAGAGGUGUGAGGGCGGAGCCAAUCCAACCUCUCUGGUGUAGAAGGAACCACGGGAUGUGCAAUGUGAAUGCUUAAUAAUCUGUGAUUUUUAUAUA